CUGUUUGGUGUGGCUCUAACCGUAGCGAUAUUUGAGGGGCUGUAUCACAAUAUCCACCUUGUGUUACCAACCCUGACCCAUGCUCUAAACUUUCUGUGGCCUCAUGUCACCGUUCCUUAACAGGUGGUCCUUCGGGAUAGUGCUGUACGAGAUAUGUACGCUAGGGGGCGAUCCUUACCCUGGGUUGUCGGUAAACGGUCUGAAAGACCGCCUACAGGCUGGAUACAGGAUGCCCCGACCCGAAGACUGUCCGAAUGCCAUGUACGACCUGAUGCUGCAGUGUUGGCGCUGGCAACCCGUCCUGCGGCCGUCAUUCCGCUCGCUGAAGGACAAAAUAGACAAGAAUCUCGCCUUCUAUGGACCCGAGUACGCCAGAACAGCCAAGUCCUCGACAGGCAUUCCACCUUCUACGGACCCACGUGCAACAGUCCUACCCUCGACAGGCAUCCCGCCGCCUGCAGAGCCGAGUACAACAGCUCAACCCUCGACAGACAUCCUGCCUUCUACGGAUCCGAGUACAACAGACCAACCCUCGACAGGCAUCCCGCCUUCUACAGACCAGAGUACAACAGCCCAACCCUCGACAGGCAUCCCGCCUUCUACAGACCUGAGUACAACAGCCCACCCCUUGACAGGCAUCCCGCCUUCUACGGAUCCGAGUACAACAGCCCAACCCUCGACAGGCAUCCCGCCUUCUACGGACCCGAGUACAACAGCCCAACCCUUGACAGGCAUCCCGCCUUCUACGGAAUACGAGUACAACAGCCUAACACUGGACAGGCAUCCAGCCUUCUACGGACCCGAGUACUACAGCCCAACCCUCGACAGGCAUCCCGCCUUCUACGGAUCAGAGUACAUCAGACCAACGCUCGACAGGCAUCCCGCCUUCUGCAGACCCGAGCACGCUACAACAGCCCUAAGUACUUGAUAUGACCCCUAGGUAGUCUACAACAUGAUGUAGCUAUACCGACUAGAAGUAUCGAAGAGGUCGCACUGAAAUUCCGUUUUAUUUCAUAUCUUCUGUUCUGUACAUGCUGUGGUCUACGUUUUCGCCAUCUAUCAGUAUGUUUUUGUACUGCAGCAGCUUUUUGCUUAGAAUUUAUGAAAGAGGAAAACUCAAGAAAAGACCAAUGCAUGAUCUGGGGUAUGUAUAUAGCUUAGGUAGAGAUGUACACAUUAUUUGCAAAUUAGACCUUAAGUUGCAUAACUAAUGAACGGAGGUUAUUAUUCCGUUGUUUUCUAUGGCGCGAUAUUUCCAAUAUCAGAAAGGGAAAUUUAUGCAAGAACUUAGUGGCAAAUCAUGGAAACGUCAUACUAGUGACAUUGGUAAGUUAAUGAAGGGUGAAUAUAACUAUGCAAAGAUUAUACAAAUGUAGAUAUCACUUUCAAACAAGGAAAUUUUAGAAUAGCAUUCUUAAAAGGAAAGUUUUACAUUUGUGACAUUUGUAGGGAUAACAGUAUAAAUAUACAUAGAUUAUGCGAAUUAGCUGAUAAUUAACAUUACAAAAGCUUUGGAAAAUUAUGGAGAUAUGGGAUCUAGGAACAACUGAUUACUAUAUUGUAUACUCUAGGACGAAGGUGCACACGUCAGUUGUGACGGACCAAAGUUGAAUGAAUAUUUUUUGACAGUAUACGUCCGUUUUCUCAUGACAGUUUUGUAUUCUCAUGCAGUUUUUUUGUUUUGUUUUGUGCAAUUACUAACAAGAGAGAAAGGAACAAGAGAUUUCUUUCUGGUGGUAUUAUGGAACCCCCUCUCAACCACACGUCCGUACUCCGUGCAAUUCCGCGGUGUGAUACAAUUACGAUAUUGCGUUUUUGGCAGGACAAGAGAGACAAAAAGAUACACAAAAGAAGUUGCAAAGGUCAGCUGUACCAGCAACAUGUAACCGGAGAAAAUAAUGCUUUGAUCAUUUGUCAAAUUAGUAUCGCUUGUGAAAUGGCAGUAAACGUGGCGGUAUCAUGGUAAUAGAUGUUACAUACUUAUCUAGUGUGUGUGUUUUAUUAUGAUGUAUUACACGGACUACAUACUUAUCUGGUGUGUGUUUGUGUUUUGUUAUGUUGUAAUAGACGUACUGCAACUCGGCGCUUUAAUGAUGUGGAAGUGAGAUACUUUCCUCAGUAUAAAAUACCAGACUUAGUGUAAGAUUUGCUCACAGCAUGCUAUAUUUGAACGUGCCUGAACGGGCUUAUUAUCCGAUACCUGUGGACAAACACACGAACUCCAAGAGCGUCAACAGACUAACGUGACUAGAUCGUGACUGUAAGGUUAAAACAACUGUAC